AUGUUCUCUGCUUUGAUCAAGAGAAACUCUCUCUACGUGGCCACCAUUUUCACUGGUGCUUUUGCUUUCCAAGCUUUCUUCGACGCCACUCUUACCAAGUGGUACGAGAACCACAACAAGGGUAAGUUGUGGCAUGAUGUUAGAGGUAAGUUCGUCGAGGGUGCCGGUGAUGAGGACGACGAGUAA